CGACGUCAUUCCCUAUUUACCCACUUCGCAACCCACGCCACUCCCGCAUAUCAGUUUCUAGACGAGAGUUAAGGUUACCUGCUUCAACAGUGCUUGAACGGCAACCUUAUACUCGUUUGAAGCAAUUUCAUUUUUAUUCAAUUCUGUCAUCCCUUUUAAGAACCAAAUUAGAUCAAGCUAUCCAUAACAUUUCGGAACAUCGUUGAAACGAACAAUUCGAAUCACUCACACCACCUCUUCGGACCAGAAAAACCACAAGGUAAGACAAAUAACAUAUCUAGCUAGUUAGCUAAGAAUAAAUACGUUUCUAAACGUAGCUGGUUGGCAUAAUAGUUGGAUGGAUGAUGUAACUUAACGUAGCUAGCUAGCUAGCCACUACCGCCCAAGGCCGUAGUGAGGGUGGCUAACUAAAUUAACUACGUUAGGUAACAAGCUACGCUAGCUACUGUAGCCAGCUAGCUAACGUUAAGCUUGCGACGAUGUCAAAUGCGUUGUAACGUUAGUGUAACAAGGGUGGGCUAAAUUUAGAUUAUUUUACAAUGUUAAAAUAACUAACUAACAAUCGUCAAUGUUAUGAUGGCGGUGUUUUUCGAUAUUAUGGUUGUUUACUUCAUAUGACCUUGUUUUGCCAAAUAAUGGCGUCUGGCGCCCAGUAUUGCCAACAAUUUUUCUGUGAUCGGCUCCUUGAUUUGCCGUUGCGGCAACGACAUGGGGCGGCAGGUAGUUUAGUGGUUAAGAGCGUUGUGCCAGUAACCAAAAGGUCGCUGGUUCUAAUCCCCGAGCCGACUAGGUGAAAUCUGUCGAUGUGCCCUUGAGCAAGGCACUUAACCCUAAUUGCUCAUGUAAGUCGCUCUGGAUAAGAGCAUCUGCUAAAUAACUAAAAUGUAAUAACGGCACCAAUUUGACUUGCUGCAGUCACAGACGUAGCGUUUUCUCCCCCUCUCCUGCGCACAUCGCGUCCUUUGUUCUUCUGUGCCUGUGUGCGCGCCGUUACUGUGACUUCUGUUGCACAGACAGCUUCUCGUUUGCGGCAGAAGUGGGGAAAAGUCGCUAAAUGCUAUCAAAACUAGAAACCCUCGGUUUCAACUCCCAAAAGGCAGUUUGAAAACGAACUAACAUCAAUUCCCUCGUAACAACCUAAACAUUGUGAAACUUAUAUUCGAUCAAAUAAGCUUCACCUAUCAAAAUAGCAAUUCAGUUCAAUCUUGACCAAAUUCGACUCAUUGUCUUCCCCCACCCCAUUAAAAAUAACCCCCUCUUCACUUGGUCUUAAAGAGAAACUGCCCCUAAACCAACUUCUAAUUUUUAAAACAUCCUAGGUGGCAUCGAUAUAAUGUCAAACAUGUAUUCUACUGUCAAAAUUGACUACAGUAUAAAUAGGAUCAUUUUGGUCAGUCAAGUCAAACAGAGUUUUGUGAGACUUGUGGUCGUGACUGCAUCACAAUGUACAUUUAAGGUUGGGUUUGUUACAAUUCUGCCCACAGCUUGUGGCAGAAAUGGAAUGUGACCCAAUCGUAAUGCCCGUUGUAAAUUUGGGUUUAGUUUGGAUAUCCCUACAGGGCUAGUUGGGGACCAUCGGUAAAUUACAGUGUACUGUAUAUGGGACUAUGUUAAUUCCAAUAUUUCCACAUUUCAAUGACUUAACCUCAAACGAACUAAAUUGUAGAAAUAUAUAUACACAUAUUGAAAGCAUUUAAUGAGAACUAAAAGGUGUGCAAAAUGAAAAUAUUGUCCCCAUUUACACUAAUGUAUUGACGGUCUCGAAGUAGCCCCAGAGAGAGGUUUAUCCGAAGUCCAACCAAAUUUGCUAUGGUCGCACACCAGCUAGCUGAAGCUAAUUGGCGAAAUAAUAAUUUGGCUAACUCUUCCCACCAAUAUCAAACCACACGCUGGAACCAAUUCUCGUUUGAAUUCAGUCAUAGCCGCUAGCAUUGCUUAAUGAACCAAAUCUAAAACAAGGCCAAAUCAGGAAGUGCCGUCGACCUUAAAGCAGAAAGUCUGCUUAAUCUGCGUGUACAUAUUUUGGGCGGUGUCGACCCUCUCGCUUCUUCCUCUCUGGGUGCGAUGUGCAUAGAUAAGGUCAGAGUAGCAAGCUAAAUAGAGAAAUAUAUUUUAGUUGUUUUACUAUUUAGUGGCAGCCAGAUUUACAAUGACAACCACCUGCCCAUCGUGUUGAAAUACGCCACUGUCACAGUAGUAUUUUGGGUCAUGUUUUGAUGUGUUAGUUGGACACUGACACUGCACGUGUGGAGAUGUACAUGCUUCAUAAAGUCAAAAUACCUGAGAGACUCAUGCUCAACUAGCCAACUAAAGGGUUACAGUGAUGCCUCUCUCAUAACCAAACAAACCAUUUAUCUAUUUAAUGGAAUAUGACCGGAUAGUGCCAACCUUCUGUAACGUUAGACUAUGAAUUAUUGAAGAGUCGGACAAUCUUCUUCACUUUGGCAUCAGGGCUCUCUCUCCAUGCUGUUUUUAAAGGUGCCUGGAUUCAUUGAACCAUUGAACCAAAAAGUGUGCCCUCCUCUCCUUUUUUGACAGUUAAUAUAUUUCCUUUUCAGAAACAUGACUUCUCAGGUGAGACAGAACUUCCAUCCGGACUGUGAGGCUGCCAUCAACCGGCAGAUCAACCUGGAGCUGUACGCUUCAUAUGUCUACCUGUCCAUGGUAAGAGCAAGAAAGACUGGUAGGGGAAUGGAGAGAAAGUAGGGAAGAAGGGUAGUCAAGGACACCAGUAUGACCAAUUGAAUAACUGAUGUUUAGAUUACAGGAACAUGGAGUCAUGUGGUGUAAAAGGUUUACACCCCAUGACGGUGCAGAUCCAGUAUGACCAAUUGAAUAACUGAUGUUUAGAUUACAGGAACACUGAGUCAUGCAGUGUAAGAAAGGUUUACUCCCCAUGACGGUGCAGAUGGGUGUGUUUUCAACACUCUGGCCUCUUGCAUCCCAUUUAAUAAUAUGGCUGGGCAGUAUGGCCUAAAUCAUCUCUAUUUGUUUUCAACCUUGUGGGUGAUUCACUAUUUUAUUUAUAUAUGUAUACAUACACACACUCUGAAUAAGCUUUGUUGUACAAUUAAAGGUAAAAUUCACCGCAUUUCAAACAGUCAGCAAUAAUCUAAUGAUUUCAGGGCUUGUGAAAUGUUUUCUAGGCUAAAUAUAAGCCUUCCACAACCAUAAGACUCACUAAUAAUUUAAUCAAAAUAGUUUUUAAAGUGCUUUUUUUUUUGCAAUAAUCAUAGAUAACAGGGGAGGUUAGCAUUUUUUUGGGGGUAUGAUAUUUAUGCCUCUAACUUUCUCACUCAUUUCACGAUUCAUUCAGGACUAUCUGUAAUCAUGGUAGCAUCCAUAUUAAUGUAGAAGUGUUUAGAAACAUUCUAUUCUUAAUUAGAAUAAAAGUGACUCCAAAAUGACAAUGCAUUAUUUACCAUUCAGUUCUAUUGGGCACAAAAUAAUCUGAAACAACCAAAACAAACAGCAAAUGCAUCCAACACAUUUGUAGAGUCACAAGCUUGAUGUAGUCAUUGUGUGCUAGGAAUAUGGGACCACUUACUUAACUUAUUUUAUACACAUAUAAGUGAAUUUGUCCCAAUACUUUUGGUCCCCAAAAAUGGGUGGACUGUAUAAAAAGUGCUGUAAUUUCUAAACGGUUGACCCGAUAUGGAUGAAAAUACCCUCAAAUUAAAGCUGACAGUCUGCACUUUAACCUCAUAGUCAUUGUAUCAUUUCAAAUCCAAAGUGCUGGAAUACAGAGCCAAAACAACAACAAAUGUGUCACUGUCCCAAUACUUGUGGAUCUCAUUUUAUCUGCCUACUGAUAGCGCAGUGAUCAUUGUAAACACACAUUGAUUCCACUGAUAGCCAGGCACUUCCUAUGUCAAGAUAAUCAUUUUGAUAUUGGGCUUUUGAUUCGGCAAACAGUUAAGGUCUUGUGACCAGCCUUUCCUGACGCAGAACUGGAACCAGCCAGGUAGCGUUGCACUCACUCUUUAUUUACUUCCUCUUGUCUUUCUCUGUUCUCUCCGUCUCAGGCGUACUACUUUGAUCGUGAUGACCAGGCCCUGCACAACUUUGCCAAGUUUUUCAAGAACCAGUCCCACGAAGAGCGUGAGCACGCUGAAAAGCUGAUGAAAGUUCAGAACCAGAGGGGAGGGAGGAUCUUUCUGCAGGACAUCAGGGUGAGUGUGAUUGUGUGUGCUGAGUGCUUGCGUGUACGGCCAUGUUUCGCCUGUGUGCAAAUGUAUGCUUUCAGUGGGAGUUUAGUGUGGGGAUAUGAUAUUGCCCAUAUAGGGAGGGCCGACAGAGGGAGGAGAUUGAGGGUGUGGACCCCUUAUCUUUCACAGACAUUUAAACCGCUGCGAGUGUCAUAGAAACUGUCAGAGAUAAAUGUACGGUUGCAAUGGGCGUGGAGAGAACGUUAAACAGCAGCCAUACUGAAUCAUAGAGAAGAAAGACUGACUUUGCUUACAGAUAGAGUAAAGCAAGGAGAGGUUAAGAAAACACACUGACACAACAGUGAUAUUUAAACUUGACUGAUUGGCUUCUUAAUAACCAAUGUGUACUCCAGUUUGUCUGACAUAAGCCAGUGGGGGGGAUAGUGGUUUGUGUAGAAGUACUACUGCUGCUCUUUCUAACAGAGUAUGUAUGGCUUGUUCCAGAAACCAGAGAAGGAUGAGUGGGAUAGUGGUGUGGAGGCCCUUGAGGGUGCCCUGCAGCUGGAGAAGAGUGUGAACCAGUCCCUGCUGGACCUGCACACGGUCUGCUCUAAACACAACGACCCACACGUGAGUAUAUGGAGACAAGAACUAUAAAAAGGCAAAACACCUUCAUGUUAUUUGAACUGCAAUACUUUUUUAAGAAUUUGUCUGAAGAUCUUAAAUCCGAAUCUAAUCCACCCACAUUUCACAUAUAAUUCAGGAUAUCAUAAACGAGGCCCCAAAUAUGAAAAACCUGACGGACUUCAGGUGUUUGCGGUGUACACUUUUCUCAGUGCCAAGUCCACUGGGUCACAUGACGGUUUUACUACUCUGGGGUUGUAAAAACACUUUUGUUCUAGUGUCUGGAAAAACACUAGAGAUUAUUCAUCCUUGUUCUGUUUGUCUGAGGGCAUCACUCCACUGAGUUUUGCUUACCUUUUUGUCCUUUCUCUUUCUACACCUAUAUUCCUCUGCCCCCCCCCCCCCACCUCUCAGAUGUGUGACUUCAUUGAGACACACUACCUGGACGAGCAGGUGAAGUCCAUAAAGGAGCUGGGUGACUGGGUGACCAACCUCCGCCGCAUGGGUGCCCCCCAGAACGGCAUGGCCGAGUACCUGUUUGACAAACACACUUUGGGGAAGGAGAGCGCAUAGAUGGACCCUCCAUUUUCUUGCUAUAUCCUAUAGCUGUAUUUCUCUGUCUUGCUUGAUAUUAUAUCUAUAAGACUGGUCUGUUUUUCUGUCAGGAACUGGCAUCAAUCAAGUUUAUUCUUGAAUCCUUAGUUUGCACUUAGUUUGCACUAUGUUAUUCCCUCCAGUUUAACCUCCAGUUCCUAUAAGCCAUUUCCCCAGGCCAGUAGCCCUUCUCCUCUCUCUUCCAAUUGACUGUCUAGCCUGCUUGUGUUUUGACGGCAGUUGUCAUCAAACCAAAUAAAUGAAACCCUCUGGAUUCUGAUAGGCCUCUUUGUCAUAUUUCUGCUGAGGUGUGUGUAUAUAAAGAUUAGUCUAAAUGGUCUCAUCAUUCAGACAUAAUUUAGUUAAACACUGGUCUGAUGACACAAUGAAUGGAAUAAAGACCAUUCAAGGAUAUUUGAAGAUGUUGUGAAAAACUACUGUAGCUAGAGAAUUGAGACUGACUGUAAAAUAGCAGACUGAUAUUUAUAAGAUGGAAUAUUAAAACAAACUACUGCAAAUUCA